AUGGAAAAGCAACAACCGCCAUCCGGAGGCGUCGAAGUCGACCUAGGGAAGCUCAAGAAUGAGUCUAACUCUGCCGCUCGCGAUGUAGACUUUGGUCAGGUGUUUGAGGUUGAAACAAACCCUGAGAUGGAGAAGAAGGUCUUGAAGAAGAUUGACAUGUUUUUAAUCCCUCUCAUGGGAGCAUGCUAUAUGCUGCAGUAUAUUGAUAAGUUGGCCAUCAGCCAAGCAACACUUUUCAACCUUCGACAAGAUUUGAACCUGAAAGGCAGCGAAUACAACUGGGCAUCGGCCAUCUUCUACUUUGGAUAUUUUGGGUGGAGUUGGCCUAGCUCGUAUCUGAUUGUCAGACUUCCAUUGGGAAAAUACCUCAGCAUUGCAGUCUUUGUCUGGGGUGGGGUGUUAAUGUGCCAUGCGGCCUGCACAAACUGGGGUGGGCUCAUGGCAGCCCGAUUCUUCCUGGGCGUCGGAGAGGCUUCGAUCGCUCCUGGCUUUGCUCUCAUCACCGGUAUGUUCUAUACUCGAGCAGAACAGCCAGCCAGACAGGCAGCCUGGUUCCUUGGCAAUUCGAUUGCUGUGCUCCUGGGAGGCUUGAUUGCAUAUGGUAUCGGUAAUAUCCACAUCACCAGUAUUGCCCAAUGGCAACUGUUGUUUCUUAUUCUCGGCGCCGUCACCUCUGCCUACGCUUUGGUCUUGUUCUUCGCACUACCAGACUCGCCUGCCAAAGCAGUCUUCCUCAAGCCAGAGGAGCGUUCCAUUGCUGUACAAAGAACGCUGAAGAAUAAGACAGGUGUGCUGGACGCAGGUAAUUUCAAAUGGGGACAGGUUUGGAUGGCAGUCAAAGAUCUCCAAACUUGGUUUCUCGUGCUUUACACGCUUUGUGUCAACUUCUGCAAUGGUGGUCUAACCAGCUUCUCUGCCAUCAUCAUUUCCGGAUUUGGAUUCGGUCAUCUCGAGUCCCUUCUUAUUCAGAUGCCAAUUGGUGGUGCGCAGCUCGUCUUUCUCAUUCUUACAUCGGGAUUCGCUUCUAUCGUUCCAAAGAGUCGAAUUAUCAUGAUGAUCAUCAACACAGCAAUCUCAAUGAUUGGUAUGAUUCUUAUCUGGAAGCUGGAUGCUGACAACCGAGCGGGCAAGAUGACUGGGCUCUGUCUCGGCAGUGUUUUUGCUGCCAAUAUCCCUCUAUCACUGAGUCUGAUUAGUUCGAACGUGGCCGGAUUUACAAAGAAGAGUACUGUCAGCUCUCUUAUGUUUGCAGCAUAUUGUAUUGGCAACAUUGUCGGUCCUCAGUUCUUCAUUCCUUCGGAAGAGCCUUCUUACCAGACCGGAAUCAAGGCAGCCAUGUCAGGUCUUGCAUUUGGAAUCUUCUUCCUGAUCUGCCUGUACGUCUUUUAUGUUUAUGAAAAUCGUCGAAGGGAUAGACUUUACGGCUCACCCAGAGACAUGACCGAAGGAGAAGAGUUGCAGGACGAGCUGUCCAACAAGACUGAUCAUGAGAUCGAGAGCUUCCGAUACUUACUUUGA